CGCUAUACAUCAUACCUUGGCGUGUUUAACCACUUGACAGCCACUAACUUUAGCCUUAAGUUGCCUUUCUCAACACUUUUUACACACUAAAGCCAUAAAAAAGGGUCCAGAAUGGCAGAUUUUAUGAGCUUGAUAUGCAAGUUUUUCGUAUAUAUUGGCAAAUUUAGCCGAGUACAUUGUAUUAGAUGAAAACUUUAACUUUGUUCAAAAUGCCUUCUACAAAUGCUUGUAAAGUCGGAAACUGGAUCACCCUAUUGUUGUAUCGUUAUAGAGCGAGUGCUCGUUGUGCUGGCUAUUCGUCGUCGUAUCCUGGAUUAAAGUAUGCAGUGCAGAUGUGUAGGCAAGGGGGAGAUGGUAGCAUUUUGCAGCAAAGACAGAGGUUUUGCAGUUAUAGUAGUGCAGGGUUCACAAAACAUGAGAUCGACAUGUUGAAAAAGGAGAACAACAAGGUUGAAGUUCAUUCAGCUACACCAGCUCAUCCAGGGCAUAAAAUUUCUACCUGGUUAAAAUGGCUUGUGGCAUCAGCAUUCUCCGUGCUGGUACCAUUUCUAAAGCAAAAAUGGGACAAUUUGUUGUUGCUAGAAGGGAAGUUGGAGAAGGCAGCAGAAGAGGUGGAAUAUGUAGCAGAGGUGGUAGAGAAAGUGGCAAUCACGACGGAAAAGGUGUCAGCCGAGGUGGCUAAUAAUCUCCCCGGAAACAGUAAGCUCAAGGAAACAGCUCUUAUUGUUGAACAUUUAUCAAGUGUUGCAGCUUCCGAUGCUCAGCUAGCUGAAAAUAUUCUUCACAAGGCUAAUGAUUUGAAGGAAGAUGUGGAAGAACUAGAGAAAAUAGUUAAGCCUGUAAUUGAUCAGAUUGGACAUGUAAAACAUGUUAAUUAAAUCAUUCAAUAUAAUUAAAUUAUUCAUUCACAUUUGUUAAACGACCAAUUCUUAUGGAACCGAGGGU